CUCUUGAUUCCUUCUCUCUCUCUCUCUCUCAAGUCGGAGGGCAUCCCCCCACCCUUAAAUACCAAGCUUUUGCCUUUGUUCCAGCUUGCAAGAAGUUACCAUGCAUCUCUGUGUGUUCUUUAUCUCCUUAUAAUUAGCUUUUUCUUUUCUUUUCUUUUCUUUUCUUGUUUUUCUCUCUCUAAAACCCCUCUUUCUUUCUCUCUCUAAAACCCCCUACUUUAUUAUAUAUAUAUAUUCUCCCUCGAACUCGCCCCUAAAAGGAAGACUAUCCUCCCCUUCCUUGAUCCUCCUUGUGUUCACAAACACCACCACUUCCCUUUCUCUCUUUUCUUGCUCCUCUUUGUUAAUUUUCUCAUAUAUACCACCCUAUAGCUAUUCCUCCUCCUAUAUCAAAAUUUGUCAUCAUAAGAUUGUUGAAUAAAUUAAUUAAUUAAAUUUGUUACUAUUAUAUAUAUACAAGAUAUAUACACCAAAAUGAUGGCAUCCCCUUCGGAACUAAGCCUCGAUUGCAAGCCCCAUGGCUGUUCUAUGCUGCUAAAAUCUUUUGGAGACCAGGGUGACCAGACCCAGAAGCUCCAAGACUUCCUUGCUCGUCUCGAGGAAGAACGUCUCAAGAUCGAUGCUUUCAAGCGUGAGCUUCCACUCUGCAUGCAACUUCUCACCAAUGCCGUGGAGGCUUCAAGGCAGCAACUACAGAGCUACCAGGCAAUUAAUCAUGGUGCACAACCAGUUCUUGAAGAGUUCAUGCCCCUUAAGCAGCAUUCAAGCUCCGAAGAAGGCUCGGAUCAUAAGGAAUCGAACAUGUGUGAUAAGGCGAAUUGGAUGACAUCUGCACAACUAUGGAGCCAAGCAAGUGAUCCUCAUCGUCAUGCAACCAAACAACAAUCCUCCAUAAUAACAUCUCCUAAAGAAACCGAUCAAAUCGGCUUCAGUGUCAGUCCCAAGCUAGACUUAGACAACAAACAGAGGAGAGGAGGUGCUUUCCUUCCCUUCUUAAAAGAACGAAACUCCUCAUGUCCGACCCCAACAUUACAAGCUCUACCGGAUUUGGCUCUCGCUUCACCGGACAAAGAAAUGGAUAAUAAGAAAUUAUCUGAAGCUGAAACUGGAGGGUCUGGCGCGGCAAUCCAGCAACGAAAUUCAGAAGCCCAAAUAACCACUACCGCUACUACUACUACUACUCAAACUCAGAGGAAGGCAAGAAGGUGUUGGUCACCAGAAUUACACCGAAGAUUUGUGAAUGCUCUCAAUAUGCUAGGUGGUUCUCAAGUGGCCACACCAAAACAAAUCAGGGAGCUAAUGAAGGUUGACGGUUUGACCAACGAUGAAGUUAAAAGCCAUCUGCAGAAAUACAGACUGCACACCAGAAGACCAAGUUCGAGUCCACAGGCUGCAGGAACCCCAACGCCUCGGCUGGUGGUCUUAGGGGGCAUAUGGGUCCCACCGGAGUACACCACGGCAGCUCAUGGUGGCACACCAGCCCUCUACGGCUCACACCAGACCACCCACGCCUCCCAGCACUACUGUCCACAACCAGCUCCCCAAGAAUUCUAUCCUUCCCCACCACAGGCACACCACCAAUUGCACCAGCUCAGCCUCCACCACCAGUUUGACAUGUAUAAGGCGUCGUCAGCCAACCACAGCUCGCCGGAAUCUGAUGUCAGGGAUGCCGAGAACGGAUCCCGGAGCAGAGAUGAGAGCAAGUCAGAGAGCAGUAGCUGGAAAGGCGAUAGCGCCAGCAGCGAGAAUGGUGGAGAGAGAAUAGGGUUGGCAACGCUGGGAGGUAAAUGAAAGUGAGAUUGAUCACUCUCAAGUUCUAAC